UCGAGUCGGGAGAGCGCUGUGUCUGUGGAGGAUCUUGGGCCGGCGCUGGUGGGGCCCACGACGCCGAAAUCGCCCUGGCUCCCGAGCGUCAGCCCCUGGACCCUGAACUGUACCAUAUGUCGAGAGCCCAGAGGAGGAAAAAAUGGCUGUUAUUCAUUCAAAAGCAAAGUCCAAGCACUGUCUUUUCCAGACGUUGUGCUUCGCCAAGAUAGGAAUCCAGGAAAGGAUUGAUCAUUUCUUACAGCUAUAAAAAUCAUGGCUGAGAGAUUGGUGAUGUUCAGGGAUGUUGCCAUUGACUUCUCUCAAGAAGAGUGGGAAUGCCUGGACUUUGCUCAAAGGGAUUUGUACAGAGAUGUGAUGUUGGAGAACUAUAGUAACUUGGUGUCACUAGAUUUGCCUUCAAGGUGUGCAAAUAAUUACUUACCUCCAAAAAAGGACACUCAUGAAACAGAAUUAUUUCAAUGGGAAAUCAGUGACAGGCUUGAAAACUAUGAUCUUAAGGAGUCCAGUUCUAGAGAUUAUUUGGAAGUCAGAGGCACAUUGGAAAAUCAGAAGGAGUAUUUCAGGCAAGGAAUGAUCAUAUAUGAAAAAAUGUCCAUUUUCAAUCAGCAUACUUACUUAUCUCAAUAUCCCACAUGUCAUUCUGAGAAACCCUAUAAAUGUAAGGAAUGUGGGAAGGCCUUUAGACGAGCCUCACACCUAACUCAACAUCAGAGUAUUCAUACUGGUGAAAAACCCUAUGAAUGUAAACAGUGUGGGAAGGCCUUUAGUCGUGAUUCACAGCUCAGUCUUCAUCAGAGACUUCAUACUGGUGAAAAACCCUAUGCAUGCAAGGAAUGUGGGAAGGCUUUUACUCAGAGCUCACAACUUAUUUUACAUUAUAGAAUUCAUACUGGUGAAAAACCAUAUAAGUGUGAACAGUGUGGGAAAGCCUUUAUUCGUAGUUCACAACUAACCCGGCAUCAAAAAGUCCAUACUGGAGAGAAACCUUAUGAAUGUAAAGAAUGUGGGAAGGCCUUUACUCAGAACUCACAACUUACUCUGCACCAGAGACUUCAUACUGGUGAGAAACUCUAUGAAUGUAAAGAAUGUAGAAAGGUCUUUACUCAGCUCUCACAACUUAUUCUGCAUAAGAGAAGUCAUACGGGUGAAAAACCCUAUGAGUGUAAGGAAUGUGGGAAAGCUUUUAUUUGUGGCUCACAGCUUUCUCAACAUCAGAAAAUUCAUAAUGGGGAAAAGCCAUAUGAAUGUAAAGAAUGUGGGAAGGCCUUUAUUCGUGGCUCAUUACUUAUGCAACAUCAAAGGAUUCACACUGGUGAAAAACCUUAUAAAUGUGAACAGUGUGGGAAGGCCUUUAUUCGUGGUUCACAACUUACUCAACACCAGAGAAUUCAUACCAAUGAGAAGCCUUAUGAAUGUAAGGAAUGUGGAAAGACUUUUAGUCAUGGUUCACAACUUACUCAACAUCAGAGAAUUCAUACUGGUGAGAAACCCUAUCAAUGUAAGGAAUGCGGAAAAGCCUUUAAUAGAGGCUCACUCCUUACUCGGCAUCAGAGGAUUCAUACUGGUGAGAAACCCUAUGAAUGCAGAGAAUGUGGAAAGACCUUUAGUCGUGGCUCAGAACUUACUCAACAUGAGAGAAUUCAUACUGGUGAGAAGCCCUAUGAAUGUAAGGAAUGUGGAAAGUCUUUUAUUCGUGGCUCACAGCUUACUCAACACCAGAGAAUACAUACUGGAGAGAAACCUUAUGAAUGUAAAGAAUGUAGAAUGGCCUUUACUCAGAGUUCACAUCUUUCUCAACAUCAGAGACUUCAUACUGGUGAGAAGCCCUAUGUAUGUAAUGAAUGUGGGAAGGCAUUUGCUCGUGGCUUACUACUUAUACAGCAUCAGAGAAUUCAUACAGGUGAGAAACCUUAUCAGUGUAAGGAAUGUGGGAAGGCCUUUAUUCGUGGUUCACAACUUACUCAACAUCAGCGAAUUCACACUGGAGAAAAACCCUAUGAAUGCAAGGAAUGUGGGAAGGCCUUUAGUCAUGGUUCUCAACUUACUCUACAUCAAAGAAUCCAUACUGGUGAGAAGCCCUAUGAAUGCAAAGAAUGUAGAAAAGCCUUUACUCAGAGCUCACACCUUUCUCGACAUCAGAGAAUUCAUACUGUGAGAAACCAUAUCAAUGUAAGGAAUGUGGGAAGGCCUUUACUCGUGGUUCACAACUAACUCAACAUCAGAGGAUUCAUAUCAGUGAGAAGUCUUUUAAAUAUAAGGAAUGUGGAAUAGACUUUAC